GGAAUUAAGAUUUAGAAGAGAGAGAGAGAGAGAGAGAAAGAGGGGCGCAAGAUUUACAAAUACACCAAUUCCCUUCAAAUCUUUCAGAUUCAGGUUGUAAUCAGCGGUGGCGAACGGCAAUGCCCAUGGCCACGCCGGAACCCUCCACCGACCACAUCGACUCUCUUCCGCUAAUUGACCUUCGCCUUCUCUCUCAAUCCGAACUCUACUCUCUCUCCCUUUCUGGCGCCACUCACCGUCACCGCCGCAACGACAACGAUUCCGUUAUCCCCAAAAUCGACCGUUCCGUUUUCAACGAAUCCGCCGGAAGUCGCAAGCAAACCUUCUCUCGCCUACGCCUCAACAAACAAAACGUCGCCGUUCCCGCGUCCUCCUUCCACAUUCCCCUCCACAUUCCCGAGCCCGUCGACGAAGAGAAUUCCCAAAUUAUCGCUCUGCUGCAAGAACUCUUCGGCGUCGAGUCCCUUCGCAACGCUCAGCACCAUGAUGGCGACGACCGUGGCCUCGUUCCCGUUCAGGUUGAAUUUAAACAACCGCCUCCGGAAUCGCCGGCCUUCCAGAACAUUCCGAUCGACGUCGUCGACGGUGGUCAGAGGAAGAGGAAGCGCGGGCGGCCGCGGAAGAACGAGAAUUUGGAGGAGGAGGAGCCGAGGAACGUUAACGUUAACGGCGAGGGGAAAGCGGUGGCAAUGCUGAACGAUAAGGGUUUUGUGGUUGACGCCGUUCGGUUGGCGGAUUCUGGGGAUCCGUUUGGGGAGGAGUUGAAGAGAAGGACCGAAGGGUUGGAGACGGAGUCUCAGUUGUUGGAAUUUUUAGAAACUUUGAAUGGAGAAUGGGGGAGUCAGAGGAAGAAGAGAAGGAUUGUGCAGGCUAGUGAUCUCGGUGACUUGCUGCCUGCGGGAUGGAGGAUCGUGCUCUGUGUUCUGAGGAGAGCAGGUCGUGCUUCUGUUGUUUGUCGCCGUUACGUAAGCCCUGAUGGACACCAGUUUGAGUCAUGCAAGGAAGUUUCUGCAUACUUGCUUUCCUUUUUCGGUGUUCAAGAUAUAAGCUGUCUAAAAUCUAGUUAUACUGAUGGUAGUCAGCAGUUGUCCAGCAGUAUCAAUUUGGCAUCUGAAAGUCAGAGUGUAAGUCAUGUGCCAACAGGAGAUAUGAAGACUAAUGCCAAUGCAAGUUAUUUGUGUUUAGUUGGUGCAUCUAUGCACUCUAAUCAUGAGAAGCAGACCCCCAUAUCAUCAUCAAUUGAAAGUGAAAAUUUCAGUGGUGAUCUGGCCUUGGCUUGUAAAUUAGGAGAUACUACUGUUGGAGCCAUUGACCAUCAAACUGAAGAUAAGAAACUAUUUAAGGCUGAUAAGAACGACGGAAAUUCAGUUCAGGGAUGUUCUCUCAUGGAAGAUAGAGGUUGUAAUGUGAGUGGUGAGAAGUUGGUUGGUGCUAGUGAAGCUAGCAAUGCUGCAUGCAAUCUAUAUAUUCCUUUGGUUUUCUCAACUCCUUUCUCCAAUGAUAAUAACAGUGGUCAAUUUUCUGAUGAAGUAAAUGCUGUCACAUGCAUAAAAGGCAGCAUUAGUAAUUUUGCUAGUCAGGAUAGAAAUAGUGGGUGCAAUGAAACUGUUACCUGUGGAAACCAGCAAAAACAUGUUGACAACAAUGAGUUUGGGCUUUCUGUGAAAUUAGUUGGGAACGUUCAGAAAACAGGUUUUGAAAGCAGCAUGCUGGCUCCAAAUUCUGAAGGCAAAAAUUUUGCUGGUAAAAAUUUAGAGGAUGGGCAUCUUACUUGCUCCUUGGAGGACAUGGAGGUUAGAGAUGAAAAGACCAUUAAGGAUGAUGAGCAGAAAACUAUUGGUAGCAAAGACCAGCCUGAAGUUAAAAAUGUAUCUACUGAUGUUAAGCUGCAGACUAGUUCUGAAGGUUGUUCACUUGUCCCAUCUCAGAAUGAACUUAAGCAUACUUCUAUAAAUAGUAUGAACAGGACACAAACUUCCAUGCUGAAGGACUCUGCUGAGGAGAAUAUUUUUGAUAGUGAUUUAUUUAGCUCAUCUAUUGAUGAGAGAACAUAUGUUCACAGUAAUUACAUUGGUAAUGUUUCUUUUAGCUCUUGCACACAAGAUGCAUCUGAGUCUGGUGGAGUUCAUUUUGUUUCUGAUCUUAAAGUAACUGAGGAUGUCAGUUACAAUCAGAUUCCUGCAAAUGAGGAAGCUGCGACUAGUUGUUUAGAGGAAAGGAGUUCCUUGAAUGAUGAAAAUUACUCCAUGGACAAUCUGUUCCACAGAAGUUCUGAAAGUAACUUAUAUGCUCUAACUGGCAAUCAGCAUGUUUCUGCUUUUCAUGAUAAUUUGAAUAAUAUUUCUUCUGGAACCUUUGAUGCACUCAAAGCUGUUGAUGCUGGUUACAUAACGCCCCAGUUAGGCACUGUUUCUUGUGGCAAUGUUGUUGCUGAGGAUGCAUACACUACUGCAAGCAUUAUGCAGGGAAAAUCCCAAGGAUGUGUAUCUGUUGCUCUUGGCGAAAGUAUAUUAACCCAAUUUGACAAGCAAAGCGAUGAUGGUGUUAAUAAAGCUAAUAAAUCUUGCUUACCAGGGAAGGUUAAGAAUGAAGUUGAAAUUUCCCAAACUGACUCUAUAGGUCUGCCCAAAUUGCAGUAGCAGUCAGAUAGAUUCAGAGGCAGAUAUGAUGACCCAUGCUGUGAAUCAAUUUCUAAAUAAAACAUGGAUGGUAGUUCUGCAGACUAUGCUGGUAACCAUAAGCCUCUGCUUGUAUAUUCUCAAUUUCCUAUCGAGAAUGAUAGCCUAGAAAAGGUAAUGAUUAUAUUUAUAGUAUGAUAAAACUUUAUUUUCUGCAGAAGACUGAUUUGUUUCUAGAGAUCCAUUUAUGCCUCUGUAGUCAAAGUGAUUUUGAAAUUCUUUAUGAAAUGAAAAUAUGGAAGUUAUUUUCAAAAUCUAAAUACUUGGAAAAUUAGUCUGAAAGUAGCUGGUCAUUAUGGAACAUACCCUUUUCCAUGACUAGCUCUAUAAAGUGUUCCUAUGAAAUAUUAGAGAAAAAAUAUUGGGGCAUGGAUGGAUUUUGUGUAGUUAAAAGGAAACGAUUGAUUAAGGUUGUUUCAUGAGUUAAUAUCCUAGUGCUUACGAAUUAUUUCCUUAACAUACUUUUGCUUUUUUCAUCUUGUUAAUUUUUUUUUUUUUUGGAAAUUGGAAUAUAAAUGAAGUCACCUAGGAUGUCAUUGGGUAUUUGAGUGUGUGUUAUGAUCAAGCAGGAAUUGAAACUUGUCAUCGGAUUCCUGUAGUAAUUCAAUGGGUGGUCAACCAAUCAAGAAUUAGUCUUAAUCCAAAGUAGCCAAGGUUGAAUAAAUGGUGUUCGUAGGCAAUUCUGUUUUGAAUAACGUUCUGCCCAUGCCUAACAAGUAACAAUAGCUACUUUUUGGGGGCUGUAAGUGUGUUAGAAUUUCAUUUUCUGUGUAGAAAUAGUCAUACUUGUAGGAUUAGACACCAAAAUUAACACUGUACUAAUCAAUGGUUUCAAAGUUUUGGGGCCUCUGCAUUCUGAACAUAGAAAUGCCAUGUUCUAAGCAAUUGCAAGAAUGAGUAUCAAUUAUAAAUAAUAUAAUUAUACUUAUCAUGUUAUGGUACUUUUUGUUGCUUUUAGAUAUAGGUGCAGGCAUGUUGCUUUGAUCAGUUUCUUAGAAGCCUCUCAUUUUUAUUGUGAGAAUAGUGAAACCAGUUAAGCCAAAAAUUGGAUUUUACUAUCCCCUAGUUUCUAUGUGAACGGGAUUAACAUGUUAGAAUAUUGUGUUGAAAUGGCUGUGGAAAAGUCAUAAAUAUAUUUGUAUAUAUUAUCCCAAUUCGAAGACGACUAUACUUAUGAAACUUAAUCUGAGUUUUGUCUUGUUCUUCUGUGAAAUGCUACGCAAGGAACUAUAUUGUAAAUUUAUUGUUCUCUGGCUGCAAGCUUUACUUCUGCAGCUGAUGAUUUUCUUCAGUUUUGAUGACUGAUUUUGCUUUUAUUUUGGGACAAAACAGAUAAUUGCUUGAAGGCGCAUUAUUUUGUUGAUAGAUUUAGCAGGUCAAACUGGUGGCUUCUACAUUGCAAAGUUUAUUUUGGGGGUCCUUGAUAGAGCAGAUGCCAUUUUUAUUUUGAAAGGAAAACAAUUUCCUUUUAGGUUCAUUUUAGCUCAAAACAUGUUUUUUUUUUUUUUUUCAACUGGUAGACUGGUAUACUGACAUUGAAUUUCAGGUAGGUCCUUCAAAUGAAGAAGGAACUAGUUUUCCCCUAUUUUUGAAAGAGAAAUUCCAAAUUAACUGUUGAUCUCUUCGUCUUUCACAUGACUACUACCCUUUGCAUAAUUUUUAUUGAUGGGCUCUCUAUCCGAUGCAUACUGCCUGGUUUAUAUUUUACUUUUUCACCUCAUUCCGGAUGGUUUUUAGAUUUUUGUCAUGAUUGCCCGUGAGUUUUUGCAUUUGAACUUCAUUUAUAAAAUGGGGCCUGCUCAACUAUUUUGUGGCUGUGUAUAACACGGGAAUUGAAAAAAAAGUCCGUGAUGGACAAGUGAGUUUACUAAGGUCCACUGGAUACAUUAGGUGAAAGGUAAUGGUGUCGAAGAUGCCGGUUCCACGAACACGUGAAGGUGAGAGGGUGCAAAGGCACUCCGAAGCCCGAGACUGUCUUCAUGCAAAGUGAUAGUAUGUGAAAAGAGACCUGGCAAUACAAAAGGUGCCCUAUUUACAGGGUUUGGAUGACGGUGAAUCAUGGUGUUCGACAUUUGAAUGCAGCCACGAGGUAAUUUAGCAUAGAUUGAGUCUAGUAACUGUUCAGUAUUCUGGAAGUUUUGAUAUGGGAGGUGUGGAUUCUUUUGCUUCUGGGCGUAAGAAGUAUUGUAGAGUGCAGGUUGAGUGAUUUGUUGAGCCAUGGAUGGCUCUUUAUCCCAAUUGAAGAAUUUGGGCUAUCAAUGCUGUACCGAGCUAGAAUUUGUUGGAUUGUUAGUUUUGUACAUUUAGAACUUCUUCCAUUUGAAUAUAAUAUAAACGAAUAGGAGGAUAAGAUGGAUGACGUGCUAAUUGAAUGAUUGGUGACGUUACCAAUUAUUCAUGUUGCAAAUAAAUCUCCCAAAUAAACAGACAAACUAGGAUGAAUUUGUAAGAAUUGUAAUUGGUAGUCAUAGAAGCUAAAAACCUGUUCAGUGGAACAAUGAUGAUUUUAUUCCACGUUUUAAAUUCAAUAAUCCAAUAUAGAAAAAUGGUAAGGUUCAAACUAGUCGAUAUCAAAAGCAUAUUGAAGUGAAUCUACCUUUUUUUCAAUAAGCAAUGUUGACAUGGAAAAAUGUUGCUUGCCACAAUCUUUAUCCCCUUCUAUUAUGUGGAUGCCUUUAUCCUCACUCUUAAGGAUCUAAAUUUGCGUAUCAAUGGUUGUGUUUCCUAGCUUCUUGUCAUUGAGAUUAAUUUCUCUAAUGUUGACAUUGCCUAGGGCAAAAUAAAUGUUCCAAAUGUGUCACUUGGUUUGCCUGCAAAUAAGCUUUUGCCACACUUCCCACUUUGUGGAGAGUUCAAGCAAUGGUUGUUAGGGUUUAGCAAGCAGGAAUUCAUGGGACAAAUUUU